AUGACGAUUGACAAGGGCAAGGAGGUCGUGCCACCAUUGAAGAAGGGCAAGAAGUUCGUGCCGCCAUUGGUCGAAGUGCCGAUGCAGGAUCACCCAAGCGCCAAACGGAGGAACUAUGGCCACUACCAUCAGGAGUCAGGACCAAGCAACUUCUGCAAGGUUAUCCUUGCUCAAAAGCUAGAGAGUUUGCCAAUGCCUCUGGAGUUCACGAAGCACUUCCCUGUCGUCCCUGCAGAGUUCAAGCUCAAGAAGAACACCGGCUGCGCAUGGAGGGUGACGGUGAGGGUGGUUAACGAUAGAGUCACCCUUGAUCAGGGUUGGGCCACCUUCGUCGCCGUUCACCAGAUCAUGAUCGGGUACAUGCUGACGUUCAAGCUGCUGACCUCCGACACCAUGAAGGUGACCGUGUUCAACGACGAGGGCGUGGAGGUGGUCACCAAGUGCAAGGAGCACAACAACACUUUCGCUGUGACCUCCUGA